UGCUUUAAAAGUUUCAUUGAGCAUUCUGUGUAUUACACUUGACAAAGGGCCAGGAGGCUCGAAACAUGUAGUGUGAAACACAAAUAAAUUCACUUGAGCAGUUGUUCUGCCUCUCAGGCUCUUCCUUGCCUAAAUCUUAUUGUUCCAGUUUGAAGUGUACCCAGGUGGAGGUACUUAACAAGGAUUGAAGCCGACGAAUUGUAUGCAGAAGGGUUACAGGUAACAGUCACCAGACUGAUUUGAUUAUAUUUUCCACCAGACUGUUACCAUUACCCCAGCGUUAAAGAAAUGACAGAAAGAGAUUACUCAGAAUUAUCCAACAAAGGCGCAAAUACUUUUGCCUACAGUGAUGAAGAUAUUAAUCGAAUCCUGUCUAGUUUGGAAACUGAGCAACUUAUACCAAUUGAAUCAAUCCCACAGAGCGAUGUGGCAAAAGAAUUACUAAAUCUACAAAAGAAAGAAAUACAUACAAGUCUACAUGUGAGCACAUUAGCGGAAUAUAUCAAGACUAAACGAAUACCGAGGGGUCUGCGCCUCGACAUUAAGCCUAAUUUGUGCGCAGAAGACCAGCUUUUACAACAGCGCUGGCUAGAAAUAUGCAAUAAAUGCAGCAUAGACCUGAUGGUACUUACUGUAGAAAGGCUUACCGUGAAACUGCAUGAAAUCAGAACAGCCAUAACUGCUUCUACUGCGAAACUGACAGAGGAAAGAGGCGCUGAGCAGUGCAACAAAAUCCUCAGCGACCAUAAAGAUAUCCUGGAGAGACUCCGUUCCUCCAUAACUGACAGGAAGCGCGCAAAGUUCAACAGAGACGCCAAGGACUAUCAGGAAGGAAAGGUGUACACGUGGAGAGAGGAGCGGAAGUGGCAGCGCUCCGAACACCAGCAGAGGACCGGACUGCCAGCUCCCUUCAGAAACCAACGCAGAGGUGCAUCGCAAAGCGCAUCAUACACCCAGAGAGGGGGCAGGAAAGGAUUUCCGACACAACUACAAGGCGCCUCAGCAUAUUCCACCUCUAGCGGGGAAGACCUACCUUCGUCCUCAGGCUCGGCUCCUUUUUUAGAACAGCGCUCCCCAACACAGAAGGAACAUCGGAAAGACAAACACGGCGCAAAGAAGGCCCCAGACAGAGAGAGUUAUCCGAAAAGGAAUCGCAAGCAGAUCAGGCCUUGAAAUUUUGCCCAUUCAGAAAUAUUUGAGUACUUCUAAUGGUAAAGUAUGGGUUAUUUUUCCGCUAAAAUUUGUAAAAUUUGAAAAAUUUGAAAUAUUUAUUGAAGAUUUUAGAGAGCUAUUUGUGCAAGGAAAAUUGAUUAUGAGUAAGUGGUAGGUUAAUAGUUUGGUAACAGUACCAUGUAAAUCUUACUUAUAUAAUGCUUUUAACUGGUUUUAAUAAUUUUUACUUCCAGCACUUUUUCACAGGGUUCUUAAUUGGACUACACCUUUUGCACAAUGGACUAUUUACAUGGACUUUAUGGACAUUGCUAUUCGAUUUAAUAUUCACCUUUAGGGGGAGGGUGAUAAUUGGUAAUGAAGAUCACAUUGAGGUCAUUUCCUGUUUGUAUGCUUUAAAAGUUUCAUUGAGCAUUCUGUGUAUUACACUUGACAAAGGGCCAGGAGGCUCGAAACAUGUAGUGUGAAACACAAAUAAAUUCACUUGAGCAGUUGUUCUGCCUCUCAGGCUCUUCCUUGCCUAAAUCUUAUUGUUCCAGUUUGAAGUGUACCCAGGUGGAGGUACUUAACAAGGAUUGAAGCCGACGAAUUGUAUGCAGAAGGGUUACAGGUAACAGUCACCAGACUGAUUUGAAUCUAUGGA